AUGAAACACUUAGAGAUCAUGAAGCAUACUUUGCCAAACAGUGUGAGAGAUACUACCAAAAAAGUAACAGAAACUACUAAACAAAGAGAUGCGCGUCAGGCUAAAACAGCUAUAGCAAAAGCCGCAGCAAAAUUAAACCAUAAGACAACAACAGCCGCAGAUAGACCACAUGAGACUGCAGUAGGAUUAAGCCAUAAGACAACAGCUACAGCAGGAUCAUAUGAAAAUGCAGCAGAACAGAGCCCAGCAGAAUCGACCUAA